UGACACAGUUUUUUUUAUGAUGGAUUGAAGAGAUUUUGAUAUGACUUGCAAGUUCAGUAAUGUAGUAAGCCAGGUUGAGUGCUCAGAUGACACAGUUUCUUUGAGUAAUUGCAGUGAAAAUGAUAUAAUAAUAGUUUUGACUGAAUGCGGUAUUUUCCCCAACCAUAUCAGCAACACUGUAUAUGAUAUAUGUUCCCGGCACUUUUCCCAUCUCCUUGAGAGAAAUGCCAACAGAAGAAAGCGGGUGUACUGUGAAAUUCCACCACUAGCCAGUACCCACCCAGACACCACAACAUCAGACAUCACCAAGUUCAGGUCCAAGAAUACUAGGAAGAAGGAAAGGCAACUGACUUUUGCAAAUGUGGUCACCAUUAGGAAUAAAAUUGGCAUAGUUAUUCCUGUUGGGACUUCUGUUUGUGCCAACUGCAGACGAAGCAUAUGUUCACCUGUUCCUGAGGAGAAGAUUGAUAAUGAAGAAGAAAAAGAGAUUUCAUGUACAGCAUUCUUGAAUGAAAAGGACAAUCACAGAAGAAAUGUGAAUACAUAUAACAGCAAAAGCUUCUAUAAUGAUGAUCCAAUGCAGGAAAUGUUUGAGACAGACUCAUUUCCCUCUACAUGUGAGCAAGCUGAUAUGUCACAGCAAUCCAGUCAAAACAGUUAUGAGUGCUGUGGCAAGUUGGAAAGUUUAAACCAUUUUCUAAGUUUGUGUGGUGUUGCCAAUGUCAACAUACCAGUUUAUACAUGGGCCUCAUAUACAGAUAAAACAAAAAAAGGGUACAUUCAGAAGAUAAAAGAAGUUGUUCAAGCUGUCGUGGAUACUCUAUUCAGGAAUGAAACAGAAGUUGUUCUUCAAGAUGUUUAUUCAUCAGUUAAUGGGUGCAAUAUUCAACCAGCUGAAACUGAGACAGAUUGUAUAAUAGUAGAUGCUUUGACUGAAUCUUAUAGCAAAGCAGAGUCAUGGCAAUUGAAGAGACAGAUAUUAUCAGUCUUGUCAAAAACUUUGUCAUUUCAAGGGAUGUCUCAAAAGAUUCCUGGCAUCACAGAGUAUAGAUAUUACAUCGCCAAAAAACACUCAGCAGUUUACGGAUGUGCUUUACCUCCACCUAUUACAGAGCAUCACAGACAGAAAAUGGACCCACACAAGCUUGAUUCUUUUUUAGAUUUUAUAACAUCAUCCCACAUCAUAAAAGAUUUGCCAUUUGGUGAGAGAAAAAUGAGAUUGUCUAGUGGGAAAAUUAUUGAAACACCCAAUGUGAUACGAUGCAUGGCACCAGCUGCAAUUAUUCAGCAGUUCAAACAGUAUUGUGCUGAAAAUGAAGAGAUACCAUUAGGAGACAGUACAAUGUUUAAAAUUCUAACUGAAUGUACAGCAAAUGUAAGAAAAGCUUUUGAAGGAAUAGAUUACUUUAUUGCUGAAGGAGGAAGGGCUUUUCAGGAUAUCUGUAAUGUUGUCCAAGAGUUGUGUCAAGUCGGUGCACUGACAGAUCAAAGAGCAAAGGAUUAUGCAGACAUUGUUCAAGAAUGUAAAAGAUAUUUGAAAACAGAUUUCAAGGUUCACAUUUCUGAACUGGCAACUGUUCCUGAUCAUUGCAGAAUAUUUGCACUUAGCGACAAAGAAGAAGCAUUUAGUUGCUUAUGUGGUCAUAAUCAUGAAAUGGUUUGCUGCAACUGUGAGCAAAUUUCUGAAUUGCUGUCAUCAUUAAAUAGCUUGAUUGCUAACAGUGAUCUGAAAGAAAAAGAAGACUGCAGGGAUGAUUACCAAUACAAACUAUCCCAGGCUCAAACCAAUAUUUUCAGCUGGAAGACACAUAUUAUAAGAACUUGCCAUCAAGAGAAAGCCAAAACAGAAAUAAUGAACACCAUGGGUCCAAAUGACAUUUUGAUAGUUCUUGAUUGGGCGAUGAAGUUCCUCCCACGAAGGUACAGAGAAGACCAGAGCAAUUGGUUUGCUAAACGAGGUCUUUCUUGGCAUAUAGGUGUAGCUUUUCGUCGAAGAAAUGUUAUUGAAAGUUUAGCUUUCAACCAUAUUUUCAAUGGUCAAAUACCACAAGACUCGUAUGCAACAUCUGCAGUCAUCCUUGAUAUAGUCAAUGACCUGAAAGAACAAGACAACAGCAUAGACAAAAUCCAUCUCUGGUCAGACAAUGCUGGCUGUUACAAAAGCUCAGAGACAAUAUAUGCUUUGUAUUGUAGCAAGUUUGUAACUUCAUAUGACUUCUGUGAAGCACAGAGUGGAAAGGGAGCAUGUGACCGUACAGCAGCAACGCUGAAAUCAAGCAUAAGGAGAUACAUUAACCAAGGGAAUGAUGUCUUGACAGCAACACAGAUGAAAGAAGCAAUAGAAAAAACAUCCAAAAAAGUGCGCUAUGUAGUUAAAGUAGUUGAAACUGACACUAGUGCUACACAUCCUCACCAGAAAGUUCAAAUUCCAUCUAUAUCAGCCAUGAAUAACUUUGAGUUUGUUGAAAAUGGUGUAAAAGUCUGGAGACACUACAAGCUUGGAGCAGGUAAACUUGUACCAUUAAACCUAGCAGAUGUCAUUGUGCCGAAAUUGAGAAUCAUUGAAAACCCAAGUGAAAUAGUUGACUUCCAUCCUCUUGUACAGUCGUCAUCAUCAGUAUCAUCAUCAUCAACAACAGCAGCAGCAGCAUCUGCAUCAUCUUCAUCAACCCAACAAAGUGAAGAUAUAUUUACAUGUACUAAUGAUGGAUGCACUGCAUCUUUUAACUCCCAUCAGGACUUUAACAACCAUUUAAUUCUGGACAACUGUGAAAUUCAUUCAGAAAGAGUCAGUAAAGCAGAUGUGCUGAAGACUAAAUAUGUUGACAAAUUAGCAGAAUCUCAAGUAAAUUCAAAAGAAAUUACUCUUACAGGAAACUGUGGUGAAAUGGAAGGAGAACACCAUCUAUCUCGUGGUUGGGCAAUAAAAACUGACAGAAAAAAUAAGAGAUUUAGUGACAAUCAGAAGAACUUUUUGAUAGAAAGGUUUAACGUAGGACUUCAAACAGGGCAUAAGGAAGACCCUGAAAAUGUUGCCGUAGUUAUGAGGAGCGUGAAAAAGGCAGAUGGGACCAGAAGAUUUUCAAUUGAUGAGUUUCUCACUCCACAGCAAAUAACAAGUUUUUUCUCUAGACACUGUAGAAAGAAUGGAGCAUUGCGGGAACAAGCAAUUUCUGACAUUGAGAGUUCUUUGCUAAACUGAUUGAACAGAUACUCAUGAAUUUUUACUUUGAACUGUGUUAACUAUAAAAAGACAAUGCCAUUUUUUUCCCAUGAAAUUUAACACUAUUGUAGAAUCGACAUUAAGACAAGUUUCAGGAAUAUCCUCCUAACCUUUUUUUUUUGAAUAAUUUGAAAACCUGAACAUUUUUUAUUUCUUCUUCAAGCUAUAUAGAAUUUUGACUGAACUUUGAAACUAUGUUACUAUAAAUAGAUAAAAAUCCUGGUCUAUAGUGAUUUUAUGAAAUGAUCAACCUCAGAAACUUCCACCUAGACAGAAUUUACAGAAAUAUUCUACCCUUUUUGGGAGUGCUGAAGAACUUUGUAGACAAAUUUUUUUCAAUAAAUGGAAUUUCAAUCAAACUUCAGAACUAGGACCCUAUAAAUUAGAAAAAAUACCCAUUCAAUUUUUUUUCUGAAAUAUUUAACUGAAGUUACUUAACAUUAAGGAAAGUUUCAGGAAUGCAUGCACUAUCAUGUG